GAGAGCUGCAGCCGAACAGUCCCUCCACCACCGCUAUGGACAUCUUCGACUUGGACAUUCUCAACGACUGGGACCUGGAGACGUUUUGUGUCUAUGAACAAGACAGAAAUGCACUGCGAAGAAAGGAAUGGGAAAGGAGAAACCAAGAGGCUCACCAGCUUGAUGAAACUUUUAACACUGAUUAUCCUCUCUUUAGUGAGCCAUAUAAGACUAACAAGGGAGAUGAACUGUCGAGCCGUAUUCAAAAUACGCUAGGAAACUAUGAUGAAAUGAAAGACCUAUUGACUGAUAGGUCAAAUCAGAGUCACCUUGUAGGCAUUCCCAAAACUGGCAUUUCACAAACUCCAAUUGAAAGUAUUGAUCAACAUUUAUUUCAAGACUCAAGAAACCUGAUGCAAUGUCCUUUUCCUAGCAACAACAGCUCUACAUCGACCGUGCUCCCACCACUGUACUCCUCAUCGCCUAUUCCACCCAGUCUAUGUGGCACAAAAUCAGCAAUGGAUUUAGCACACAAAGGACAGAGUUCUGGAACUGGAUGUAAUGUUGUGUCCAGUGACCAGCUGAGAAAAAAUAAACAUGGACAUGGAGAUGGGAAUGAUGGAAAUAGAGUGUGUGAUUCACAUAGCAGUUGGAAUGAACAUAACACUGAACAUCAGACGAAGAAAGAGGAUCAUGGAAACAUUCAGUCAUCAAGCCCAACAUCACAUUCUAGCCAGAAUAUGGCUCUUAAAUCUAUGAUUGGUAAUUCAAGUAAGCAACAUCAAAAUGCGUUUUCUUGUGAUGUCAAUGUACACUGUCAUACUCCAGAUGUACCAACCUCAUCAGCUUCCACAACCCAUGCCAAAGGUACACUUUCUGCUCAGAGCUUCCCUCAAUCUCUUUCUUCUAAGUCUAAUGCAAUCCAACAAAAGCCAACAGCUUAUGUAAGGCCAAUGGAUGGUCAAGACCAAGCACCAAAUGAGUCUCCGGAACUAAAACAAUCAGUGGAAACUGUCAUAUCUUACAGCGAUCAGCCUUUUGGAGAACUGCCGGAUGCAAAAAUUAAUGUACCUGCCUCCAAGGCUAUCAUAGCAAAGCUGACCAUUCCCCAGGCAGAAGAGGCAAAGGUCGGUGGCAGCAGUGACAACAACUGUGUUGAAGAAAUAUUACGGGAGAUGACCCAUUCAUGGCCACCUCCUUUGACUGCCAUUCACACACCAAGCAAGGUGGAACCAAGCAAGUUUUUGUUUCCAGCUAAGGAUUCUCAGCAUGUAGACACUGGCUACAAUGAUACAAAGAAAGAAAUUCAAGCAAAGAGCCCUUCGGAUACCUCACUUCAGAAAUUAAUGCUGGAGGAUGAUCUUAAAAUCAGCAGUGAUGAAGAAGAAAAUGAACAGCAGAUGCCCCAGAAGUCUGUACUUAGGACUAUUCCUGAGAGUGAUCUGAUGCACCAAGCCCAGGUUGCAGCUUCAGGUCAUUCCAACGCCGGGUCAAGCAGUUCCAGUGGAUCAGAAAGCAGCUCGGAGUCUGACUCUGAGAGUGAAAGUAGUUCCAGUGACAGCGAUGGCAACAAGCCUGCAUCCAUCACCACCCCCGAGCCAGAACAGCCAUCAACUAACAAAUGGCAACUUGACAAAUGGUUAAACAAGGUGAAUCCACGCAACAAGAAUGCUACUGUUAGCCAAAAUACCAACCAUGGGCUCAGCAACAAUCCAUUCCAUGCACAACAGCAGUGUGAGAACGAAGAAAAGGGAAAAGCUCUUGCACCUAAUCAAACAGACUUCAAAGAGAAGGAAAGUCCAUGCCCUAAUAGAGAAAAGCAGAGACCUAGAACUGCUCAUAAAACUCCAGUCACUAAAGGUGGCAAACAGAAGCCACUUACUCAGAAUGAAAAUGCCUCUCAGAGAAAAACACUUGGCAAAAAGCAACCCAGUAAGGCAGAAAGAGCAUCCACUGGCGACGAUUUCAGCUUGCUCAAUCUGGAGAAUCACAACAAUAUUCCUAAGGGCAAACCAAGCCAGAACACUGGUGCAUCACAACAGCACAAACCCAAGCCUAAUGCCAACAAAGCAGGACCUAAAAAAGAACCACAGACCACUUCUCUUUGUGACAAGAGAAAACCCAAGGGACCUGGCAAAAAUCUACCUAAAUCAAAAGAAUUUAUUGACACCGAAUCUUCUUCAUCAUCUUCUUCAUCCUCUUCAUGCUCAGGAUUGGACUCAGAUCAUGAAGAAUCUCUUCUGGCCAAAUGUUCAUCAACUUCUACUCCACCAGCCAGCAACCACAUAUUAAAGGACUGUAGCAGCAACCUCAGCAGAGUCAGUAGUUGCAAUGCAGUGAGCUCUGUUAAUGCAAGGACUACGAAUGAACCACCCAAUGACUCAGAUGGGCAGUUGUUUACUUUAGUUCCUUUUGGUCGAAAUGAACUUCUUUCACAGUUAAAAGAAAAUGAAGAAGCCAAGUCACUGUGGGUAAAAAUUGAUUUGACACUUUUGUCCAGAAUUCCUGGUCAUUUACCCAAAGAGUCUUUAGCCCAAAAAAGUGACACAAAGGGGGAAGAAAGUGAUAUCAUUGAUGAAGGUUCUAGUUCCUUACGAGAAAAAACAGCAAAAUCAAGAAGAAAACGCAAGUCUGAAACCAAUGAUGCUCAUAGUGAGAAUAAGAAGAACCAUUUGGAGAAUGAACCUUUAACUGCAGCAUUACCCUUCACUGAUAACUCUUCUGUGCCAACUCAAAAAGCUAUUACCAUCAGCGAAAUGUCCAAGCAAACAAAUGAAACAGUAAAGGAAAUUCAUCCUUCACUUUCAUCUGUAUCAGACAUAUCGGAACAAAAACACCCCUCUGAAACCAGUACUUCAGUCAAAGGAAACUGCGAUUUGCCAGACAACUCCUCGUCAGCAUCCCUUUCCUCAAAGGAUUGGAAAUCUGAGAGCAAAGCACAGACUUGCACUAAAGAUUCAAGCAAAGGGUUCCCAGUUAAUUUAGAAAACAAUCAUCUUUGCUGCAAUAAUCAACAGUCUCAAGAAAACCUGUGGUCCUCAGCAUCAAAGGAGUUUAUAGACUCCAGGAGACCGAAGCUCAUAUUCGAUGACAAGCAGCACAGGGCAGACUACUAUAUGCAGGAAGCAAAGAGAAUGAAACACCAGGCUGAUGCUAUGGUGGAGAAGUUUGGAAAGGCAAUCAAUUAUAUAGAUGCAGCACUGUCUUUUAUUGAAUGUGGCAAUGCAAUGGAACAAGGACCUCUUGAAGCCAAAUCUCCAUACACUAUGUAUUCUGAAACAGUUGAACUCAUCAGGUACGCUAUGAGACUAAAGGCUCAUUCAGGUCCAACGGCAACUCUAUCAGACAAACAGCUAGCUGCUUUGUGUUACCGCUGUUUGGCUCUCCUUUAUUGGAGGAUGUUCAGACUUAAAAGGGACAAUGCUGUUAAAUAUUCCAAAGCACUUAUUGACUAUUUCAAGUGCAACAGAAAAGAAGUACUAAACAACAGCAUUGCACAUGCACACCAGAAGGAACUGUAUGGGCAGCAGUACUGCAGUCACCCACCACCGAAAUUGAAAGCUCAGGCACACACCCGGCAUUGCUGCAGUUUUAAACAGAAAAAGGGAUCUUCUAAAACUGGUCAGGCGUCAUCCCCAUGGGGUGCCAGUGGGAAGAACAUUGGAACAUCUUCACCGAUGUCACCUUCACCUUCCCCAGUUAGUUCAGUCGGAUCCCAUGGGAGCAGUUCCAGUACCACUGCAUCAUCUCCUUCCUCAACCAUUAACAUUCCGCACCGUAUCCAUCAGUUGGCUGCUAACCAUGUAAACAUCACCAAUAGCAUUCUCUACAGUUACGACUAUUGGGAGAUGGCUGAUAAGCUGGCCAAGGAGAACAAAGAAUUCUUUCAUGACCUUGACAUAAUGAUGGGACCUGUAACACUACAUAGCAGUAUGACGCAUCUUGUCCGCUAUACUCAACAAGGAUUGCACUGGAUACGAAUUAGUACACACAUGUUGUAGUGACUACACUUCAGCAGCUUAAAUGGACUUCCAAAUCAAAAAUGUUGAACACCUGGUCUCAUUGCCUCUACUUUUGAUGAUAUUAAAAGCAAUCUUUGUAGUGGACUUCGAACCUUAAAUUUGGUUGUUCCUCAAUAUUAAAGAUUGUUGUGUUUCAGUCUAUAAAUAUAUCAACAAGCAGAUUGAAAAAGUACCAGUGCAAUUUUCAGCACUCUUGCUCCCUACUCUCUAUCCAUGCUCUAUCACCUCCUCUCUCUCUGUUUAAAAAUAUAUACACCUGUCCUAUCACAUCAGUUUGCAGUUCCUAAAUAAUCCAAGCCUUGGGUUACAAGAAUUUUAGUCUGAUUGUCAUGGCACUUUGCAAACAAUCCUCCAAUUGCAGACUUCAAACACAUUUUUGGGGUGUUUUGUUUUUGCUCUUUUUUACAGUUUACAUCCUUUGAUGCAACACUACAAAGUCACGUGAACGCAAUGGUAAAUCUGCAUAUUGCACACACACAACGUAAAAAAGAGUAAAUGCAAUUCUAAUGCAAUAAAUAAAAUAUGAUUAAAAUGAUUAAUCAAAAAGCCAGUUAGUUUCAGGCUGACGACGAUGUUAAAUAAUGGGGAAUUUAAUUUGCGAAAACGGACAUGAUAUUUAAGGAAUAUUGAUAAGAACAUGUGUAGCAGUUGUAAAUAAUGUAUUGACUUUAUUUUGAGAAAGAAUAAAAGGGUGUUCUAAGGUCCAAACAUUAGUUGAUAGCUUUCUCAUUGUAACUCACCUCACACAUUAAAUAUGAUAGCAUUUGUAAUCUUUUCAUAAUGAAACCAGGUUAAGAUUCUUCAGGUUAAAUGUAGAAUUUUGGGCCUUAUUUUCAGAAGUGCAUUUGUUUUCCCCAGCUUUUCUAUCAUGGGUCAGGUGCUUUUGCAGAAACUAUUCUGUCCUCAAAAUUUCUUGUUUUCAGCACAGUUGCAGAUGCACUACAGGGGGCAAGCCAAUUGGCACACUGUGAAUGAAAUUACAAGAGCUGUAUUUGGCAAAAGGAAGAGAAAUGUUAGUCCAUGACUGGCAAAAGCAUUGGAAGUUGAUGGCAAGUUCCCCGGUACACAAACAGGGAAGCAAAUCAUGCAGGCAAUUUCAAGAAGGAAUUGGAAUUUUUUUUUAAUGGGAAUAGGUGGAUAUUGGAUGGAUUAGGGAGAUGAUAUUUGAAAUGAUACUGGCAAAACAGACCGUAAUGGUCUUUUCUGGUCCUGCACAUUCAUUUGCUCCAGUGAGAAAAGACAUCCUCCAAGGGAAAAGGUAAAUUUUUUGUGCCUUGUCUUCUUUGAACUUUUUAUUAAUUUAGGAUUUUUUAUGUAUUAUUUCAAUUUUAAAGAUACCUAUAAGAGCAACAAUAUACAGUAACCUCAGGUGAGAAAUUUGUUGUCCACCAUAAAAUUAUGAUGUAGUGCAACAGGCAGUCAUUCAAUGAGUAACACAGUUGGUGAAUCGGAAGCCUCAGACGUGGUAUUCAGGGAUAGGCCACAUCACUACUAGAUUUUCAGGAUUUAAUCUUGACAUUUAAUUCGGUCUCAGCCAGAGAUCAAAAAUCAAACACAAAUUAAAAUAUCUGCUAAGAUGUUAUUUCUGUCCUGUCAAAAGUACUGUGUUUCCAAAAUCAAUGUGUAUGCUGGGAUUUAACCUUCCUUGUUAUUUUGCUACAGUCAUCUAUUUGCAUAUUGUUAAUUGUCUGAAAACUGGUUGCAGUUCAGCACUUAGGCAGGCAUGCCUUCUGAUGAUGUGCAAAUAAUAUGCAAGCCAUGAGCUGGAAAUAUUAUGAAAAGACAAUUUGUCAGAAAAGGCAAAUAUUUGAAAAUCAGGAUCAUUAUUCACAAAAGCGCAUUAUUUUUAUGUUCCUUGAUCUUCCUCCACUUUGUCUAUAAAAUGCUAAGCCUUAAACUGUUUUCAGCUAUCAUAGAUUUUAGGGUAUUGAACAAUUUCUAUUCGAAAAGCACCAUAAACUAGCCGUGCAGAAAGGGUUAAUGUCUAACACUGCAUCACAUGUGCUCCAUCACUCUCAAUUUGUAUGUGGGAUCUUUGCAUUUUUGUAAUAAAAUAAAUCUAUGAAAUGCUUAGGUUUCUUUUGCAAAACAUUACUCUUGGGCAAUUUUUAAAAUGACUUUCAGACACAAGACAUCUCAGUUUUCAUUUUCCUCUAUUAAAUAUGUUUUCACAGAAUUUCUUAUUUAUGUUAUUCUUAAUUUUGAA